AUGCUUAAGCAGUGGUUUGAAUUAUUACUUCUAUUGAUUUGUAGUUCAGGUUUUGUUAAUUGCAGUAAGUUUUUGAAAAAUUUUUUUUUAUUUGACGUCAAAACUUUUUUUCUGAAUUUAACCUUUUUUAAAUAUUUUGGUAUUUUUUCUAGAAGCCCUUCUAAAAGGCUAGCUGUAUAGAAAAACCUCACGGUCAUGUUAUGCAUACUGUCAUAAAGUGUAUUGUCAUGUCAUGCAUACUAUCAUAAGCAUAGUGUCAUACUAUACAUGCUGUCAUGAAGCAUUCUGUCAUUUUAUAGUAUAACAUUUAAAAACAGUCAUCCAAUCUUACCUUUACAGCCGAUGUACCAGACUUGAUAGACACCGAGCCCUUUGAAGCCUUUGACUUCGGCCCGAACCAAGAACAGCCAGCUGAAAAACAAAUUAUAGCCGAGCAAACCCUAUCUUCUCAAACAGAAUCACCCUCAAGAUCUCCUAGUAGCCAAACAGCUUUAAAAGAGACAGGUUUAUGCUCAUUACUCAACGAAUUACCAACUUUUAUCAAACGAGACAAAGUCCAAUCAAAAGGUAUACCUAAAUUCGUCCAUUUUAUGGACAGUCUAGCCGAAUGUGUAGAAGUGUGUCGUCAACGAAUUGAGCCAAUUGAACAGACUUCCUUCGAAUGUCAUGGCUUUAUCUUCAACCAUCGAUCUCAUGGCAAAAACUCGUGUGAAUUCUUUGAUGACAUUUCGUUGAUCGAACCGAUUGAUCAAAAAUGGGAAAAUGGAUCAACUUUCUUCGAAAGAGUUUGUUUAGAAAUCCCAGUCAAAUGUGGUGAAAGUGCUUAUACGUUUGAUUAUGUUAGUGGAAAGAAGACGCAUUCAACUCCAAUUGGCAUUAUGACUGUGAAGAACCAUGUUGAGUGUUUGAAUCUGUGCUCGGUUAAAAAUGGAUGUAAAUCUGUGAAUUAUGUGGAAAGUGAAAGGUAGGAGAGUUAAAAUGCAUUGAUAAUUUAAAAAUGUUAUGAGUAAUUUUUAUUUUUUUAGAUUGUCUAAGUAAAUUGCAAAAUAUAUUCAUAUUAGCUCUUUGUAAAGAAAUUCUCUUGCAAGGAAUGUAUCUAACCUGUCCUGCUUUGAAUUAGCUCAAAUUUUUAAUAUAAAUCUUUCGUAUAACCAAUAGUAACCCUUAAAAAAUGUUGGCUCACACUUUUAAGUUUUAAAAUGUUAAUUUAGAAAUUUCUGCCAAUUUGCCAAUUUUGGCAUUGUGUUUUAAGCACUUUUUUCGACUUUCCAGACAAGCUACGCUUACAAAUUUAAAAGUAUAGGUUCAUUUAAAAGCUUUUUACUAGUAUUGUAUUAAAGAAAACUAAUAAAAAAUCAAAAAAUUUCAAAAUUAUAAGCUUGAAACACAAUGCCAAUUUGGCGAGAAAUUCAAAACCUAAUUUUUUGAUGACGAUUUUCCCAAGAUUUCCUAAAAAGUGCAACUUAUUACUUUGCUGAAGAUCUUAUAUUGGCAUGAUCUUUUUAUAUAAAAAUUUCAAAGUCAAUCAAAGCAGGGAAAGUAAGACACUUUCCUUGUUAAAUUUUGUACAGUAUUAAGUACAGUAUUAACAAAUAGGAAAACAAAUUUUACGUUUAGAACCUGCGAGUUAUUAUCAGAACCAGGUACUGGUAACCUCAUCGACUCACAAAAUACUGGAUUUUUUGAAAAUAUGUGUCUACAAGGUGAGUACUUUCAGCAGUACUAGGAGGACAAGUUUAGUCUCAACCCUCAAAAAUUAAAAAAAUUUAUAGCCUCUGAAACCUAAACUAAAAAAAAAAUUUUUAACCCUACCUUAUUUUAAUCUACUUUAUCUUAUCCUACUCUACCAUACCAUUUCAUUCCACAACAUACUUUUAGACUCCAAAAAAUGCCUUGAAUCUCAGCGAGUCGACUUUAUCGUAACCAAAAAUGCUCAAGUUGGUGGGCUAGAGCACCGUCUAGGAUCAGUGUCGAUCCAAACGUGUAUGAGAAAGUGUGUAGAAUCAUCACUGGUACAUUGUCGUUCAUUUCAAUACGACCAAUCGAGUAAGGAAUGCAUUUUAAUGGAAGAACUGUCACAUUCUUAUACUCCUUCUGAAACGUUUGAUCUUUACGAGCCAAUAUGUUUGGAUGAGAAGAUUGAUCUACCCUGCCAGGGUGAUUAUGUGUUUGAGAAGCUGGCUAAUACUAAUUUGGUUGCUGAGGAUUUGAUCUCGGUUAAAAUGAGUAAGUUUUAGGUAUUAAAAAUUUUUUAGGUGUAGGUGAAGGUUGCUAGCUUCAGACGGCACAAAUUUAAAAAAUUUUCAAAUUUAAAAAAAAAUUUUCAGAUACCACAGUAAGCGAGUGUAUGCAGAUGUGUUUGAAUGAAGAGCAUUGCGUUUCAUUUGUUUUUAAUAAAGCUGAAAGGAAGUGUAAGAUACUGCCAGUUAAUCGAAGACACGAACAGACAAGAUCAAUUGUCGAAAACCAAUUCGACUUCUACGAAUUGUCAUGUGAUCGUAACGCUGUUUUGAAAAAUCAACGGCCGGUCGUUCAGGUGGAGAAUGAACAAAUUGGACAGAGUAAGAGGCCCUAACACAGCUUAUCGUACUGUACCCUACCGUGCCGUACCCUACCCUACUCUACCCUACCCUACCUUACCCUACCCUACCCUGCCCUAUUCUACCCUACCCUGUCCUCACUGUCCUCAAUUCCAUGCCAUAUGCCAGCAUGCCCCACCCUAGUUCUCCCAUGCAAAACCUAAAACCCUAUUUUCAGUUGAAUCCCAACCACUAAUAACCACCCCCAUACCACAUAUUGCUCUGCAUUCUACCAUCCCAUCCACUCCUCAAACCAAUCCAGGCAAUCCAUGUGACAGUACCAGAAGUGUACUACUAGAAAAAGGCCGUACUCUACGUAUUGAAUACCGUAAUCUUCACCACGUUAAUAUUAAAAGCCUAGAACAAUGUGAGGCAUUGUGUGGUGAGACCACCAUACCAUGCCAGACAUAUGCCUACAACAUUAGAACUGGUGAUUGUUUGUUGUCAACGUUGGUUAUUAAUAAGAACAAUCGGUUUUUGUUUGUUACUCAGCCGAAUCCUAGUUAUGAGCUUUAUUCUUACCUUGGUAGACGUUGUGGAGAAGGUAAGUAGAUUGAAAGUCAAAAAUAUGUCAUAACAAACCAAAAAAAGCUAUUUUGCGAAACUUAAAAAAUUAAAACUUCAAAAAUGACACAUACUCAACAAAUCUAAAUAUCAUUCUAGGCCAAUCAACAACCCCCAUCCCAACCCUAAUCUCCCAGCCAGUACCUCAAACCACCAAAAUCCCCAACUUUCAUCGUGUCGAGGAGUUCACAGCCACAAUGAUUCUGAUGGAGAAAGACUUUACAACUCAAGACCCAACUGAUAUCGACCCCUUUGAUGAAAAACCACGCCCUCAUCAUAAACAUACCAAAGUCCCUCAUAUCCCGACUUCUGGAGCCUUUCAAGCCUUCCGCGAUCCUCAAGUUUCCGGAUUUGAAGGUUUUCCAGCUCCACCUGAAGAGAAGGAUUUGAACAGUGGUAGUGAUGGUAUUAUUGAUAUUGGAAAAGAAUUGGAAGUUCAUAAUCAAGAAGGUCAUAGACAUUCAGAUGAUCAUGUUGAGGAUGGUGAACAUGGUAAGAGCAGUUAUUAAAAAAAUGUUUUUGUAAGACGAAAGCUUUAUAUUUAUAUGUAAAAAAGGCCUAAAUUUAAUUUUUUUAAUUUUAAGCUUAUUGUACUAAACCUACAAUUAAAAAAACUAGCCAAAAUUAAUCAUAAUUACCUUGUAAAAUAUUUUUUAAAUAAUUUAGAGACCAUCCCAAGCCCAGGAGAGCACCAAGAACGCAUUAUUACUCACAAACAGCGUCAAGAACAAGUCUUUACUCAUGGACAACAUGAAGAUCAUGUGACAGAAACAAAAGAACACCAUGAUCAUAUUGUAACUGAUAGAAAGCAUCAUGAGCAUGGCGUUGUUCAUGACCAAAACGAUAUUCAUAAAUUCCACCAUGGUGCUCACAAAGAUCUGCACGAUAUUCAAAGUGACUUGCACGAUACUCACAAGAACAAUCAUGGUACAAACCCUCAUUCAGUAGAUCAACAUGAACAUGAUGCUAACAAUAAAGGACAACAUAUUGCACAUGUUCAAGAUGUACAUCAUGAUGAACAUAAAGAACACAAUAAUCAUGACCAAAAACCAAUAAAACAUUCACAUAUUCAAGUAGCAAGCCAACACGAUCAAGUCAAACAUCAUCACCAUGGAGCUGUUCAUCGUGAUCAAACCUCUGUGGUUCAUGGAAAUCAAGUUGCUCAUCAAGAACAGCAAAGAAAUCAGCAAGAACACCAAGUGGAUCAUCAUGAACAAUCUUCAAAUUCUGAUAGUACUGAUAACACGGACGGUCCUAGUAAUACCAAUACGGUAGAUGUUCCUAGAAGAGACAAAACUUUGGAAAAGUUUGCUCCAAAUCAAAUCAAAGUACAAGCAUUUUGCUUGGAAAAUGGAGUCAAUGUCACUUUUCAUGUGAAGGACAAGGUAAAAUACGUCAAAUCGAGCAAAAAAAUGCUUUAGUAAUUAGAACGGGUUGGUGUGUAAAAGAAAAUACUUUUAAAAAUUUUUUGAAAAAACCCCCUGCUGACCAAGAAAAUUUAACUUCCCCAACCAAAAAAAAUCUCUCGCAAACUAUAACACGUUCCUGACACUAACAAACAUAACAUCUAAAGCCAGCACAACACAUAUAACUUUUCAGAAAUACAAUGGAGCAGUGUACGCAGCAGAACGUUUUGCCCAAUGCCGUAGCUUCGUCGAAAUGAAGUCAUCAUUUUCGAUCUUUGUCGCCCGCCCCGGUGUUAACAACAACUGUAAUGCCUUUGAAGAAGACGGACUUUUAACCGCCGUAUUAGUACUGUCAAAUGAUAUGGUACUGCCUUAUGAUGUUACUACAAAAGACGACUUUUUCUAUCAAAUCACAUGUGACUACAGCAAAGGAGAACACUCUUCUCUUGUUCAUACUGGAAUUGUUGUUGGGUCAGUUAUGAAAAUUUGUGGUAUAAAUGGUCAAAAAAUAUGUAGACUCUUAAGAAAAAAAAGAUCUGUGGAAGAAAAUAUUAUACUAAAGAAAAAUACAGUUUAAAAAGUAGUAGGUAACCAAAAAAUAGGUAAAAGAAUUAAUUAUAGAGGCCCCGAACCGCGAUCAGUAAUGAUGUCAAGUAAGAAGAACGAUGAUACGGAGACAAGAGUGCUGCUGCGAAUACUGAAGAAUAAUCGACCAGUAACUAACGUUUAUAUUGGCGAAAAAUUGACUGCUGUUGUUGAAGGUGACAUUGAUGGUAAGGGUUACAAGAUAAAGAACAUAGCCGUUAAAUUACAUUUUUUUAAUAUAAAAUGACAUUUUCAAACAUAAAUUGACAUUUUGAACCAGUAAUGUAAUUUUUGACCUAAAAUGUCAUUUUUAAUUGAAAAUGUCAUAAACCGUUAUUUUCAGCCAACCGCCUCCGAGUUAGUGACUGUAACGCAACCCGAGUAGGAGGUCGUGAACCCAAGCCCAAUUCCUUGUCCCUGAUCAAAGACGGUUGUUCUGUGAUGCCACAAAUCAUGGGUAAUAUUGUGAAAGGUCAGAACGGUCUAGAAGCACCCUUCACGGCGUUUAGAAUCGAUGGAUCUGACCAAAUCGAUAUUGUUUGCAGCGUUGUUGUAUGUAAAACAAAGUGUGAGGAGAGGGUAUGUGAUAUUGUAAUCUGUGGCAAGAAGAGCAUGAAGAGAAAGGAUGGGGGAGACAUUUAAAAACCUUUUUUCUUAUAGGAAGCAAUCUGUCCCCCAAACCGACCAAAACGAGCGAUUGACCAUCGUCGUGGAGAUGACCAGAUCACAGUAGAUCAACGUCUUCGUGUCCUCGUAGUCGACGACUCAGCGAUAGAUUCAGAAACGGGCAAUUAUUCUCCAAGUGUGUUCGGUCUUCUAUUAGAUUCGGAAAAGAAUCCUUACUGUGUGAAUAGCAAUGUUCUGCUUGGAAUGGCAACGAUUUGCAUAUUGUGCAUGCUUUCCCUCGUCUUAUCGAUCGGAUGGUUCGUUUGUCAACGUCGCAACGGCUACACACAACAACACGCGUAUUCGGAACACUAUGCUAAUGGCAGGUAUGCUGAUAAAGUUGCAAAUGGCAGGUAUGCUGAUAAAGUUGACGAUGACUGGUUAUAG